GCCUAACUUAAGCGGCUGGCGGCGCAAAUCGCUCGGCCUGGGAUUAGAGAGCCGUGUGGGGCAUCGCUAAAGUACUACUGCCGUGUCGCACGCUGUCGUUUCGCAGCUGUAGGCGCAGUUUCCGCAAAAGCAGACUUUCGGCUGCAGCGCUCUCCGGAGCAGAAAGCGGCGUCGGCGGCGCAUUGGUGCCAACACCACGCUCUCGGGCACCCUACGACCAGUCCGCGCCUCGACGCCAAUCGACGCGGCGGGCACGCUGGCGCGCCACGCCCUCCGGUGGGUCGCCGCCGCGGCGAACGCAAUGACUCUAACCAAACCAGUAGUAGUACCUUUCGAGGGCCCGCUGACGAAGGGCAACUUCGUGCGGCGCACGGACCGGUUCACCGCGCACUUGGUGCUGGACGGCGUCGAGGUCCAUGACGGAGAAAAUGGAGAAGUGAAAGCCCACUGCAUCAAUCCCGGCCGCAUGGAGGCCUUCGUCGACCCGGGCGCCACGAUCUGGGCGCGGCGGGCCCCCGAGAACGGGCCCAAGCGCAAGACGGACUGGACGUGGGAGCUCAUCGAGCGCGACGGCGUGAUCUGCAGCACGAACACGCAGCGCCCCAAUGCCCUGAUAGCGGCCGUGCUGCGAGAAAAAGCACUCACAGGCUUCACGGACUACAAGUCCGUCAAGGCCGAGCACGUGCUGCCGCACGAGGGCCCGGGCACCAAAUCUAGGUGUGAUUUUUUCGUGGAGGAACUAGACGGCACUCAUCAUUAUGUAGAGGUGAAGAACUGCCACGCGACCUACCCCGACGAGGAUGUGUUGAGGGGCUGGGGCUACUUUCCCGACUCGGUGUCUGAAAGAGCGGCGCGGCACUGCCGCGAGCUCGCUGCUUUAGCGUCAAAGCCGAAGACGAAGUGCACCGUGAUCAUCGUCGCGUCCCGGGCGGACGCCACGAAGGGCAUACGACCGUCGGACUACCACGACCCCGGUUUCUGCGCCGCCGCUCGCGAGGCGCAAAAGGCGGGCGUCGUCUUCCGGGGGCUGCGGGCCUCGCACACGACGGCCGCGACGACGAUCGAGGACGAGAUCCCCGUGGACCUGUCGACGCCGUCCUCUGACAUAUUGUGUGCAUUACACAGAGCCUGGGCGGCGUGCGCGCCGAUCACGGGCUGGGACCGGACCUUCGGGAAGGACGCGCCGAAGCGCGUCGCCAACGGGCCCUUCGCGCACAACAAGGGUCGUGCAGGGUGCGACUCCGCUCUGUUGCCAGUCACGUCGGAGCACUUCACGCCUACCGUGUCGCGGCAUUUUGAUGAUCGGACGCCCGUGCCGAAGAGGCGGCGGAAGCGGUCGGCGAAGAAGAAGUGAGUGUAAGCCUCUUUGUGUACUGGCAUUCUCCCGUCUUCGCAGUCGUCGAUGGCGUCGUGUGGAAGCGCCGACUCGAGUCGGAGCGGGCCCGGG